AUGGCAACCUCUUCUUCAGCGAGAUCAACAACAACGACAACAGUGCCUUCCACUCUGGACAAAGACACGCCAUCACCAGGGGACUCUAAAGACCCGAGAGUAAUAUUUCCUGUCCCAGCGAUAUCCGUGCUGCUGAAUGGCUCCGAAGUAGGGCCAAAGGUCAUCGUUCCCCUGCGAGGGCUGUUCGUUCCCGGAAGCAACGUUCUGUUGAACGUCACAGAGGAGAUGACAUCACCGCAGGAAAUGACGCAAGUGUCCGGAGCAGGCGCGAGGCACGUGAGCGUACGUUCCCAGAGCUUGAGCGUGCAGACGGUCUUCAGUCGUUACUGGCCUGCUAUUCUGGGCCUGACGGUCGGUACCAUGUUUCUAGUGGCGGCUCUGAUGACGUCAUUAGCAUGCCGGCAACAAAGGCUGUUCGUGCAGCGGCGGCAGUGGCUAGACACCCCCCAGCACCUGACCUCGCCCCCGGACAUCAGCGAAUACACGUCGUCGUCCUCCUCUCUCACCAGCGACAACACCAGGUCGUCCGCAAACUUCACGUAGCGACGACGGCGCCACGUACCCCGUUAGCCUCACAUAGCACUCACGUAGGUGUCACGUAACGUCUAUGAACGUCACCUAGCCAACACGGAGUCACGUGACGUGCCACCUUCGUUAGCAAACACAGCUUCAUGUACUACGUCAACUUCACGUAGCAAACGCGGCGUCUUGUAGAAUGUGAAUUGUAAUGCGGCAAACUUUCAGCGUCGGGUACCUGGUCAGGUAUCGCAUGUUAAAAACACUUUUCCUUUAUGACAAAGACAAGCUUGAAAUGGUUUCUUGAGUGACACGUGAUUUCUCCGUGCGUCCUAAUUUGUGGCGCAUACCAAAGGGUUAAUUUAAUUACAGUGUAACC